AUGCCAUUCCCACCAGACCCUCGCGCCAUUCUCGCAAAGAGACACCUCCUGGCAAAAGCAACCUUCCUCCCCUCCGCCAUCGCACCCUACCACACCCCCCGCGCUCUCCCCUCCGCCCGUUUAUUCAGCAGCACGCCCAUAUCAUCUUUCCCCCGCGCCAACGCGCAGAACAGAGAAGAGAUGAACACGGAACCCACCGAAUACAGCAAGAGCGGCACGGACUCUAGCGCGGCAGCAGAAGACGAGGCGUUUGAUCCGAGUAAGACACGGCCGGAAGAUGAGAAGGCCGCGAGCGAACAGAGUCUAGAUGUUAGCCCGAGCAAUCCAGAGGUGUCCAGGCAGAGGGACACGCAAGAGGGAGGUGCUGAAGGGAGCGCGAAGGAUGAUUCGAAGAAGAGUGGGACGGGGCAUGGGAGUCCGAAGAAGGCGGGAAGUGGGGAGGCGAGGAAGAUUUGA